AUGGACCAAAUUCGACAGUUUGUCUUUUGUAUCAAUGAAGAUGAUCCUGAUGUUCCUAUUUGUGUCUUCAAAGUGCCCAACUCUCUAAGGGCUUCCAACCCAGAAGCUUACAUCCCUCAGAUAGUAGGCUUAGGAGUCCUUCAUCAUAGCCGGGCCGAGACCGAAGCAAUGCAAAUGUACAAGCUUAAAGUGGCAACGAAUGUUCACGGGGGAUUCAAAAGCAUUCAGUUCUUAGAACUCCUUAUGGGAGUCGAGAAGCUAGUCCCAUAUAUCCGAGCUUCUUACCAGACGUACUUGCCUCAAGAUCCAGGGGAGAUAACAUUUGUAAUGGCGAUUGAUGGUUUGUUUCUGUUCAAGUUGCUUUGCAGCUAUGGCAUCCGUAAAGACGCUCUUGCCUCUUCAGAAUUUUUGCGUCGUUUAGCGGACCCUGGAGACGUAAGAUUGCAGCAGGAUGGAAUCCUUAGAGAUACGAUGAUGCUUGAGUGCCAAAUUCCAAUACUUGUGCUGAAAACUAUCUUGUUCAUGGAAUGCUCAGAGACACGUACUAUCGUUAAAGAAUAUCUUCCUCAACUGUUGUUGGGUUAUUGUAAAGCACUCUCUCCACUCAAAGUGCUAGAGAAAUACCCGAAUUCCGCAGCUCUGAAGCAUGCUCAUCUCUUGGAUCUUUUGUACCACUUGAUUGUGCUCAAAGAGCCACCGGAAGAGGAGCCUGUUCUAGAAGUGGUUCUAGAACAAGUAGCGGAAGGGCCACAGAGGCGAAGUGAUCUGCCCGGUGAGGCCGUGAAUUUGUUAGCAAGUCUAGCUCUACCACAAGGAAUCAGAAAACCCAUUGAGCUCCUUCAAGGUUUGCUUAACCUACCAUGGUCUAGCCUUGAUAUUCUAUCAUCCAGCACUGGAAACACAGCGCCAGUUGUGGAGGAAAGAUUGGUUCCUACAGCAUCAAACCUGUGUUUUGUUGGAGUAAAAUUCUUCAGCGUGGAGCGGAUCUCUGCCAUUGGGUUUGACUGUGCAACAACUUCACUUAAGCUCCCCAACAUUAAAUUAAGUGUUAACUCAGAGGUGAUUCUCAGAAACUUAGUGGCAUUUGAAGUAAUGUCCAUCCCUGAAUCUAAGCCACUGAUUUUUACACGCUACUUCGAAUUGAUGAAUGGGAUCAUAAAGACUGCUAAGGAUGUGGCGGUGCUUAAGAAACAUGGAAUUAUAGAAACUGAUCAGUCCAUUGAGAACGACGACCAGGUUGCCAAAAUCUUUGGUGGAAGCAAGCUGCCGGCGGCCGUACGCUCUGCAAAUGCACCUGAUUUAGACAAGCUCAUUAAGGAUGUUAACAGCUAUUACAAUGGCUUACGAAGGGUUAAGGCUUACAAAUUCAUCAACAAGUGUGGGUUCACUUUAUGGCGUGUUGGCAAGGUUGUCGUUAUAAUCUUGCUCUUUUCGCUAUUGGCUCUCCAGGCCACCUGCUCCGUCUAUGGCGGCUGUCCUCGUAUAUUCCGGAACAACAACUAA